CUGCGUCUUGUCGACUACAGCUGGAAACGUUAGCCUCCUUUAAAGAUUGCAAAAGCAAAUUACCACUGAAAUAGAGUUUUAGCGUUUUAGAAUUGACAAUAGUGCGAUUAGUCCUGUCGCGAUCUUACGUGGAACGGGAAAAUGUGUACUCAAACGAGAGCUGCGGCACUUAUGGCUAACAUUCCCCAGGCAGAAAUCGAUCCGACUGGUGUGUUCAAGUAUGUUCUCAUUCGAGUCCACAGUAAAGAAGAGGGCGACGACUCUAGUGUAGAUAUUGUGCGCGGAUUUGCCUGGGCCGAGUAUCACGCGGACAUCUAUGACAAAGUGUCAGCAGAGCUGGAAAAGUUAGGUCCUCUUGACUGUGAAUGUGUUGGAGGAGGGAGGAUAAAACAUGAUACACAGGCAAAGAAGAUACAUGUGUAUGGCUAUUCAAUGGGUUUUGGGAGAGCGAACCAUUCUGUGUCCACAGAAAAACUGAAGGUCCGCUACCCUGAAUACGAGGUGACGUGGGACAAUGAAGGAUACUGACCCUCUCGACGAGCGUCUUGGAUUUGACCUUUAACCAACACGCAGUAUUGACAACUGAUUGGACUUACAUAGACUAUGCAUCCACAGUAACUUUGCAGACUGCCAUUACACUUUUUUGGCGCAUUUCAUUCAUUUCAGUAUAACUGAAAAGUGGGCUUACAUUGAAGAUAAACUAAUCAAAGUAUUGGUUACAUUGUUUUUGAAAUGGAUCAAUGUUUGCAAUUACGAACAUGUUUCAGUAAUGUCCUAGGAAAUGUAUAUAGCACUAUAUCUUAAACGGAAUGAGACCAGGCUAAUCUCCGGUCAUUUAGCGCUGUAACUUCCUUAUCACUUUAAGCACCUCCGAAUGCAGUGAUACAAAGAAUACAAUUAUUUUACCUCAUCAGCCUUAAGUGCUCCCUCUAUAAAACUUCAAGGUCACCAUAUCCGACACGAAACGGAAGAAGAUCAACUGUAUUUAUCUGAAGGAGGCUGCUGAAGUCCUGUUGUGCAGUGCGGGUAUCCGUUCAAGUAAACUCAUUGACUUCACAACUAUUUGCGUUGCUGUACCAUAUAUCACAGAAUUAUGGCAAUCUUGUAUACACAAGAAAAAAUACACAAUAUUGUAAUAAGAAUACACUCAAGACUCCCUCAAUACAGAUUUCCUCUGUAUUUUUGGUACAGUGAAUGCAUGGAUCCAAGUCAAAGAAAGAAAAAAUGUCCCAAAUAAAUCAAGUGUUUGAACUUUGCCUUCAUUCAAAAUAAACAUGUUGAACUAUG